AUGCCGCGAGCCACAGCAGCCGCUCUGGCAUCGGUGUCUCUCUUUGCGGCAUAUGCCAAAUACUACCAGUCGUUCCAGAAUGGAUUCAUUGAUCUCUUAUCCAGCAUGGCAGACAGGAAGUCACUAUCUGGGCUCCCCGGAGGGCUGCAAGAAGACUACACCGGAAUACGCCCACUAGACCAGUUUAUGACGGCCUGUAAUGUUUUCUUCUGGCCGGUGUUUCAGGGAGGAUCACCAACCUUGUCACUAUAUGGGGUCGCGUUCGCCAGUGCCAUGGUGCCGAUGUGGCUGCUGAUCGUAGUUGAGACACAUCAACGGCGACAUCCGCUUGCUGCAUUGGUAGUGGUGGCGUUUGUAGCCGGUCCAUUGAUUCAAGGCCUAGGCCCGGGACUCGUGAUGCCCGCGAUACUGGCAUUCAUGAGCGUGUCAACACAUGCUCAGCGAUUGCCUUUUCGAUCUGAUUUGGGAUCCUUCCCCUUGUCCAUCAUUCUGGGCUAUAUUCUCCCGCUCUCACUAGCUGCAUUAGCCGCUCCCACAGUGAUUGCAUACGAUACAAAGCAGCAAAUAAUCGCACUCUGGCAGGGUUGGCCUCUAUACACCUCACUGCUCAUGGGGAUCUCGCGCUGGCUGACGCAUGCACAGUUACCACAACCUCCGCAGCUGAAGGUCGCAUGCGUCUUUGCCCUCGCAUGCUCUACAGCGGGUCACCUAGCGUUUCUGUGUGUCACCGCGCUCGGGGGAUAUCCAAAGGACCCUAUCCACUUGACCGGAAUCUACUCCCGUCGAGUCUAUCUUCCACCAGCUCCAUGGGGGGAGACACAGGUAACCUCACUCGAGACGGGCGUGCUGCGAUUCCUCCAGUGGGAUUAUACAUUAUCGGCAUUAGCAAUGCUCUUCUGGACUGUGGCAGUCUACUAUCGCGCGACCCGACGGAGGAAUCGCCGGUCUCCCUGGGUCUUGUUGAUGGGACGGGUGGUGGUGGGGACCAUUUUCCUGGGACCGUGCAGCGUGGCGAUUGUGCUGUACUGGGAGACAAUCGCAUUGGUGGCUGACAAGGGACGGAACGAGCUAUGA